AAACGAAGGAACCCCCAAAAACACACAAUGAAACUCUGAUAAGGAACUGCUCAUUCUUCAGAAACCUCGUUAAACCGUUCAUCACUCGAUCACGAUGAUCAACUGUCUUCAAUCUGUAUGCUGUAGUCCGACUUUGUUGGGUUCUUCUUCUUCUUACUCCUUUCGAAACAGUUUCAAAGUUGAUACUCAUUAUCCCACUGGAAUCAAACAGUUCAAUUGCUUCAGAAAGGCUAGAAUUUCCGAGAAAAAUCCAAGUAAUUUUGUUGUAAAUGGAUUGCCAUUUCCAGUAGAUCCAUGGUCACCCACCAUUGAUUCACAGAGUAUAGCUUCACAACUCUUUGCUUUCUCAUUGUUUCCAUACAUUGGGUUUUUAUAUUUCAUCACCAGAUCCAAUUCCGCGCCGAAGCUUACCCUUUUUGGUUUCUACUUCUUGCUUGCUUUUGUGGGUGCCACCAUCCCAGCAGGAAUUUACGCCAAGGUGCAUUAUGGAACUUCCUUAUCAAACGUGGAUUGGUUACAUGGUGGUGCUGAAUCACUUCUCACUUUGACCAACCUGUUUAUCGUUAUCGGCCUCAGACAAGCUCUUAGAAAAGCCAAUCAUGCAAAGGAACUUGCACGUGAUGCUGUUUCAGAGGUAUCAGAUGACAACACUCCAUCCACUUGACCUUCAUCCUAUCAUUCUGUUAUGGAAUUUAUAUGCAAAGUAGAUAAAAGAAAGAUGUAUGAUAAUAUAUUAUGUAAUAUACAUGUUUGAUCUUACUACUAUGUAAUUAUGUGCAUUUACACA